AUGGGCAAGCUUUAUUUCAACUACAGUACGAUGAACGCCGGCAAGUCGACGGCCCUCCUCCAGGCGGCCUACAACUACGAGGAGCGGGGCAUGGCGGUGCUCUUAUUGACCGCCGCGUGCGACGAUAGAAGUGGACGAGGUCGCAUCGCGAGCCGCGUCGGACUGGCGAGAAAUGCCGAGGUGUUUGACGCCUCUACUGAUUUGUACGAGCGGGUCCGAACAGCUAGAGGCGACGAGGACGCCGACAACACCGUGUCGUGCGUUUUGAUCGACGAGGCCCAGUUCCUCACAAAAACCCAAGUCUGGCAGUUAGCUAGAGCGGUGGACGAUGUUGGUGUUCCUGUCCUCUGCUAUGGACUAAGGGUCGAUUUUAGGGGAGAAUUGUUUCCCGGGAGUGCCGCCUUGCUAGCUUGGGCGGACGAGCUGAGAGAGGUAAGAACAGUAUGCUUCUGCGGCAAGAAGGCGACGAUGGUCGUGCGGCGAGGUGCCGACGGGAAUCCGUUGACGCACGGCGACCAGGUCGGCAUCGGCGGCGAGGAGCAGUACGUGAGCUUAUGUCGGAGGCACUUCCGGGCGGCAACUUCCAAAAACGACGACGGCAAGAGCGAGGCCGUGCGCUUCGUCGAGUCUGCAUUAGGUGCGCCUGCUUUGCCGCCCGGCCGCGCGCUGCCCGCGAAGAUCCGCGAGCCGCCGCCGCCGCCGCUCAUGACGGUGACGCCGAUCAAGGCGCGCGCGGCGUCCCCCGCCGGCCCGGCGCAGCGCGCCGGGCCCGUGGCGGGCGUCUUCUCGGGCCUGCGCCCGGCGCCGCGCGUCUUCUGCAUCGGGGGCCUCGGCGCGGGGCCGCCGAGGUCCUCCUAGUAACCACUC